AUGGAAAGGAAAAGAAAGAACCGGUCGAAGAAACAUGCGGAUCAACGGACAAGCGAAUUCGUCCUCACCAUUGACAGUACAGGUAGGAAAAUUAACGAUCAUCAAAAACGACAGGACAACUUACCGGUUUCGGCGCUGUCCUCACACACCACUGUUGUCUCACCUGAGUCAAAUGGUAACCCUGAAGAUAAAAUUAUAUGGUCCUCAAAACGAUAUGUCCCACUUGAACUUUAUCCUUGUAUCGUUGGGGAUGACCCGGAUCGACCACCAUCAAAAGAAGAAAUCAAAUCAUGCAACACCAUAGCCGCAACUUUCAAAUACUUUGACCACGGAAAGGUUGUUAUACACGACAAAGUGGAUAAAGCAAAAAUAAUUGCCGUUAUCGAAUUCAUUCCAUUCGAUGGUGCUUCUCAAGUCGAACUAGAAGAAAUCGGCAAAUUCACAAACUUUUUACACUCUGCCAAACGCUUUGUCAAUGCCGUCGGCUCUGAGGCUCGUUCCUGGGGAGGCAAAAUCUGA